AUGAGCACCAUUACCCAAAUCACAGCGCUGCUCGCCACGAGCUUAGCUCUUCUGGCAUCUACGACAACGGCCUCGGUGACAGUCCAAUAUACCGGCCGUGCACCUACAGGCUACGAGGUCACUUUCAAGUACACUAAUGCUACAGCCAACAAAGUCCAGAUUGCAGGCGGUCUGCUACCAUUCACCGAUCAAUUCCACACUACUCCUGCCUUCAGCACAGCUUAUGAUCCUCACGAGUAUCGUCCUGGAGACUUCUUCGUCGCCGGUCUGAAUGUCAACACUACAGGCAACCUUGGACCGCAAGGAAACUACACUGGCUUCUACAUGAACAACACUGGUAACGGGCAUUGGGAGUGGACUUCGCCCUUUCCUUCGGGCACAUAUAGCUACGCAUAUAUCAUCGAUUGCGGCCUUGGGCCACGCUGCGCUACGACAGAGCCCGGACAAGUGCCAGGCUUGACAUUCUAUAACGACCCGCAGAACCUACCUUUCCAGAACGAUCACCUCCAGUUCAACCACUCUAUCUUCCAAGUCCCAUAUGACAAAGAGUUCCAGUACUAUCCAGCCCUGAACCUUGACUUCGACUUUUCUCUGCCAGUCCCGACAGCACAUCAGGGCAAAGCUCUCGCAGUGAACUACUCUUCACCGGGGUCGACAUACCCGGCGAAGGACAUCCAUGAUCUAGCGCUUUACUUGCCACCGAACUACGAUCCAAACUGCACAGAUCCUUAUCCAGUUCUAUACCUCUCGCACGGAGGUGGAGGGUCAGCGUACGACUGGCCCAACCUAGCCAAGGCCUUCAACAUAAUCGACAACCUGAUCCUAGAACAAUGGAUCCCACCCACCGUAGUAGUCUGCCCAGCCUUCUACAAUCUAGGCUGUAACGACACAGGUCCCUUCCCGGAACUCAUGAUCUGCGUGCGCGAGAACUACCUGAGUAUCUUACUGCCAUUCGUUGAAGAGACGUAUCGCGCCUCCUCGGACCCCGAGCAUCGUGCUUUCGCCGGCCUGUCGUUGGGCAGCGAGCUGACUUAUGAAAUGUAUAUCAACGCCACCUCGAAUUUCAGCUCCUUCGGUCUCUUCUCCGGCGCCCGCGGACCAGCGUCCAGCGACACGAACACAGCAGGCUACAUCAGUAACGCUUCCGUGGCCGCGAAUCCUGAAUUGGCCAACCGUGGCGUCUUCGUUGGGUUCGGAAACUUCGAUAUCGCGUUCACGGAUUGCAGGGCUCUAGAGCUGGCGCUUGAGUUGGCGGGCGUGCCGUUUUUGUCAAGGAUUGGGUUGUGGAAGCCUACACCUUAUGGUAUCGACGCCGGAAGAACGGGCAGGGUGACUUAUUGA